AUGACCAGUGGAAUAAGUGUCAAAGAUCGAUGUCGGCUUUGUUAUACACGUCUAAAAGGUGCCUCAUUAUUUCAUCAGAAAGUCUGGUGUUCCCAACAUAAUGAUCGCAUCUACAAUAUAUACAAACGUCGUCCAUUUCGUUAUCGUGACUUAAUCGUUCGUUAUUUAUGUAUAAACUUACCUGAAAACAAUCCCAAUGACCAUUAUUCGACUGUUAUCUGUGGCACGUGUGCAUCGUCACUGACUCAACUGGAAACAGCUUAUCAAACCUUUGAUCGAACGCAAAAAAGUCUUCGAUCGAAAUUUCGCAAAACAUCUCAAAUCAGUCGUUACCAAGUUGAGAAACAGUUGAAAAUAGUUCAAACGAAAGCAUCGAAUGUAAUGACAUCAGUUGAACCGAAACGACUAUCCAAACGUAAGGGUGCGCCGAAGCACAUUAUUCCAACUUUGAAUCAUCAGAAACGGCCGACGAAUAGUGUACAAUUGAUUGUAAAAUUUCCACCAAUUGAUCACGAUGAUGAUGAUGAUGAUAAUGACGACGAGGAGACGGAAGAAGACGAUGAAGCAAGAAAGUCUGUGUCAAGUCAAUACUUGUCUUCAACGAAACGAACAAGUUCAAGGCGAAAGCCUGAAAUAAUAAUGGAAACUACUAAUCAGAAAAAGAAGUUCAAGCAGUCAACGAAAGAUUCAGAAUUAUCAAAGCUUACAUCUGAUAUAUCGAAUAAUAAAUCUUAUAAUUGUAUUAAUCUUCUCAAACCGAACAUUUCAACUGAUACAUCGAGUCAUAAUCUUCCUUUGCUUAAUUUAACAACACCCGGUUCUAGUUCAACUUCUUCGUCAACAUUGAACAGUCGCCCAUUCAACUCGGUGAAAGGCAAUCAUAUUGAACGCAUUGCUGUUUCUCUCCUAUCCGGAACAGAAGGUCAAUCUGACAGUAUUAUCAACAAUUUCAAUGCAUCCAACGGCACCAACGGCACGCUAUCCGAUCAAAGUUCAUCGAAAGCACGUGGACGCCGUAGACCAGCCACUCUGGGUAGUACUCCAUUAGAAUUGACUACAACAAACAACAUCCUCUCGACUAAUUACAACAAUGUAGCGACAAUUCUUUCGCCAUCCUUAGACGACGCCGAUGAGGACGGUCUAUCCAUUGGUGAUGCAAGUAACGAUAGUUCGAAUGUUAGUACGAAUGGUAUUCAACAAAACGGAACGAAUAUUCCUAAUGUUAACAAACAUUUAUCAUCGACAAUAUCAGCGACGCCGACAGCAGAAGGUUUGACAAUAACCGCAAUCAACAAUACAGGACAAAAGCAAGUAUUUAUGGCAAAACAAUUGGGAAAUUUGAAGAAGUACCAAUGUGGGCUAUGUGAAAAAAUCGUAACAAAUAUUCAAAUACAUGUUAGACGACAUACGAAUGAUAAACCAUAUCCAUGUACGUAUUGUGAAAAACGAUUUACCAAUUCCGGGGAUCUUCAGAUUCACGUCCGAAUUCACACAGGUGAAAAACCUUAUGCAUGUCCAUUAUGUUUGAAGAGUUACCGCACGAUAGGUAAUUUCAAUAGUCAUGUCAAGACCCAUGAUUCAGGCGUUCGUCCACAUCGUUGUGAGCUAUGUGAUCAAGUAUUUCCCAUACCGAAAGAUUGGUAUUCGCACUUACGUUCAAGUCAUCGUUCACGAAUACCAAGCAAUAAUCUUCCAGCGAGUUCGACAACGACAACCAACACAAAUUCAACAUUAAGUUCAACGAACUCAACAACAACAGUAACUCAGCCACUAUUUUCCAAUGCCUUAUCCAGUCAACAACAACACAGUGAAGUCUUCGUUCCGAAUAAAGUCAAACUAGAACCAAUCAAUCGUUCACAACUCAUCAUCAAGUCAUCUAAUGGUAAUGAUCAAGAACCAAUGAACAUGUCGAAAAAAGAGAACUCCAAUGAUCAUGAUGCCGAGGAGGAAAACGAGGACGAAGACGUUGCCGACGACGACGACGAAGAAGCGGAGAAUCGUCAUCAAUCUACACGUAAUUUACUAGCGAAUGUCUCAUCGCCCGUUCAUGCUUGA